AUGAAUCAGAAACACUUUAUCAUUUUAUUUGGCUUGCUUGUAUUUAUCUUUAUAUAUGUUAAAAAUACUCACGAAUGUCAUCCUACUAACAAUUUAAGUGAAAAUGACUGUAAAGAUAAUUUUGCCGUUACAGUGAAAUGGUUACCGGAAGCGAAACUCAAUAUUACCAUUGGUAACGUAGCCCCUUAUAGUGAAGACUAUUAUGUGCAUGCAAUUGGUCACUUUUCUUUUGGUGAUGACAUAGGUCACAGAUAUGAAUUUUUAAAACAUCCUAUAUUUGUUAAUGACCAUCAUUGUAACAGUGACGGUAUUGGUGAAGUAAAUCCAUAUACAUCAACCUGGAGUUAUGAUCCAGACCAAACACCCAAUCAGGGGUCAAACGCUUACGUUUGGGUGUCAGUGUAUUGGUUUUGUGAAGAUGGUGAUGAAUAUGGAGCUAUAUAUUGUUGUGCCCAUGAUUAUUUCGUCCCUUCAAUCUUUAAUCCUACUUCAGGAUAA